AUGAGUACUAAAGGUAUCAACUGUGUUGAACAAGACAGUUCUUCAGGUUUAUAUGGCGGAUUAUUCCAACGGUUAGCAUUAGACAAGAUAAAAACGCCGAAUACCUCACAACCUCUUCAAUUAGAUUACUGUUGUCCGUCAGUUCAGGAUCAACUAAAAGGACGAACAUGUGACAAAUGUGCUAUCUAUUUUCCGUCGAAAAGUGCCAAAUUACUUCAUAACAGAAUGCACAAAAAACAACGCCUUAAACGUAAACCAUUGCUUGAAUCUGAAUCAACAGAUGCUGAUGAUUCAACAGCAGAAACAGAGCCAAAUAGCACAGAUGUGAAAAUAAAUCAAAAUAAUGAGUCAGUUGAUGACGAAUAUGGCAUCGAACUCAUUACUGAUCAACAGUCGUUGGCUGCACGUUAA